UUCGCUUGAACCUGAAACUGAGUCAGGUUCUAACCCCAACUGCUGUCAGUUCAUACAUUUUGACAGCAGUUGGGGUUAGGAACUGACUCAGUUUCGCUUCAAACGAAAACCACAUAAUAUAUGAAAACUUUUAUCACUGUUGCAUAGAAUAAUUCUAAUUAUUACUCGAUCUUAUUUUUUUACUGAUCUCACGUGCUUACGGCCUACGAAAAUCAUGGAUAUAUUAAAGGCAGAGAUCGCACGCAAACGCAAACUACUAGAGGAAAAAAAUCUGGUUGAUGAAAAGAAAAAGUUCUUCAAGCGGGGUGACCUGAUUGCCCAAGAACAGGAAGAGUAUCGGAUCAAAUAUGGUCAGCAAGUGAGUGGAAGCGGCGAGGCAGCAGCAAGCUUGAAUGAUGGCGAAAAAUCACCCACAAAAGAUUCAAAGUACGACUUUCGCAAUUUACCUCGAGCUGAGGUUAUUCGCAAGUUACGAGAACGCGGAGAGCCUGUUUUGUUAUUUGGAGAAAGUGAGGUGGAUUCGUGCAACCGAUUACAUCAGCUAGAGAUCUCCGCACCGGAAAUAAAUCGUGGAUUCCGUAAUGACUUCCAGGAGGCAAUGGAGCAGGUAGAUGAGGAAUUUUUGAACGAAAUAUUAACAUUGAACGGGCAGCUGGGAGACGCGACCAAGGGUAAAAGCUCAGAUGAGGAUUUUGCAAUAGACGAUUCAGUUACGUACGAAUCGAUUCAGGAGAUGGCAGUUCGUCUUGGCAGAAGCGGAAAGGAACACGACAUGCUAGUUAUUACAACAGUGAUUCAGUUUAUGUUAAAGUUGUGGAACGAUAAUCUGAACUCGGGUACCACAGCAGAACGUACUGCAACAAAGUGGAAAAUUGCUCGGGCGACAUUUGAACAGACACGCCUUUAUCUAAAACCUCUGCUGAGAAAACUGCGUAACAAAAGCAUUACCGAUGACAUUCUAGACAGUUUGACUGACAUUACAAAGAGUUUGCUCCGGCGGGACUACAUCCACGCGAGCGAUGCUUACCUGACGAUGGCCAUUGGCAAUGCUCCGUGGCCGAUCGGUGUUACCAUGGUUGGUAUCCACGCUCGAACUGGGCGGGAGAAGAUUUUCUCCAAAAAUGUUGCUCACGUAAUGAACGACGAGACGCAGCGCAAGUACAUUCAGGGACUGAAGCGACUAAUGACCAAGAUGCAGGAAUACUUUCCGACGGAUCCGUCACGGUGCGUAGAGUAUGUCAGCAAGAAGGAUGCUAAGUUUAAUUGAUUACACUAUCAAUAAGAUUAUGUUAAAAAAGCAUGUUCAGGAAGAGCAUUUUGUUUUAUGAAGCUUGUUCCGGGUUUAUGUAUCAUUUUCCUUCGGACCUACAUCUCGAAUAGAGAUAAUUGGGUGUAUCAGGCGUGAAACUAAAUCAGACUUAUUGGUAAAAAAUCUCCAAGGAUGAAAGAUGUAUUCCGAAAAU